AUGAAGCCUGAAUUGCACUAUGGCAAGGAUGACUGUCCAGUUUCUGUUUCAGAUAGCUUUCCAAAGGAUGUUGAACUUAAUUUUGAGAUUGAGCUCAUCGAGUUUUCUAAAAUCAAGCACACACUUAUAAGUAUUUUUUCUUACGUUAGUUUAGUCGUUCUUUUCUCUAUUAUACUUGGUAUCAAAACCCAUUUUUUUCUAUGUAAAUAUUCUUCAGGUUUUGUAACUGAAGAUUUGGGAAUCUUGAAGAAGGUUAUAAAUGAGGCACAAAGUUGGGAAAAUCCAAGAGAUCUUUAUGAAGUAAAAGCCAGAGUUUCAGCAAAGGCGGGGGACGGACAACCACUUCAAUUACCUACGACUGGCGAACCAAUCAUGUUCACAUUUGGAAAAUCCGAGGUACCUAAAGGUCUUGAAAUGGGUAUCGGAACAAUGUCACGGGGAGAGAGUCAGUACUUAAGUCAAAGCCCCCCGAUACCUUCUGUAGAAGGUAUCGAAGAAGUUCACUUUGAAGUGGACCUUAUCCAUUUUAUUCAGGUACGAGAUGUACUAGGAGAUGGUCGUCUAAUAAAACGCCGCAUAAGAGACGACAAAGGUGUUGUUUAAGUCCUUAUUUGAUUAUUUCUCAGCUCUU